UCAAAAAUCAUAUUAAUGCUUAGUGUGGGGUUGGCUACACUAAACAACUAGACACGUUCACCUUUUUUAGAUUGCGAUUUCCUCUUUUCCGACUACCCUCAAACGCAGCAUAGCGUUUGUUUUCAUCGACUCUCGUUCUCUUCCCCGUGAAAACCAUGACUUUUAUUCUCCUUACUUCUUUUCUGUCGUUCCUGCUUUGUUCCACCUCAGCUUCUCCGCCGAAUUUCGUCCUCCUGUUCGCAGAUGAUUUGGGUUUCGGUGACCUGGGCUGUUUCGGACACCCAAGUUCCCUCACUCCGAACCUGGACCGCCUGGCAGCAGAUGGACUCCGCUUCACAGAUUUCUACUGCACCAGCCCGGUGUGCAGUCCGUCCAGGGCGUCGCUGCUGACAGGUCGCUACCAGACCCGCUCAGGUGUCUUCCCAGGUGUGCUGUACCCAGGCUCCAUCGGAGGUCUCCCUCUGAACGAGACCACCAUUGCGGAGGUGUUGAAGCCUCUGGGCUAUGCUACCGCCGCCAUGGGGAAGUGGCAUUUGGGACUUGGAGCCAACGGGACGUUUCUUCCAACCAGACAGGGAUUCGACCAAUACCUGGGGAUCCCUUACUCCCACGACAUGGGGCCCUGCCACAACCUGACUUGUUUCCCACCAGACGUCAAGUGUUUUGGGUUUUGUGACCUUGGCACGGUGACUGUGCCACUAAUGCACAAUGAGGUCAUCAAGCAGCAACCUGUUGAUUUCCUGGACCUGGAAAGAGCUUACAGCGACUUUGCUACCAAUUUCAUAAUCUCAUCAGCGAGUAAAAAACAGCCUUUCUUCCUCUACUACCCUUCCCAUCACACCCACUACCCACAGUAUGCAGGUCCGGGGGCGGCCGGUCGCUCUUUGAGAGGACCGUUUGGAGAUGCUCUGAUGGAGGUGGACAACACAAUAGGAAGCCUGAUGGCAACCCUGGAAAAGACAGGAGUCAUCAACAACACUCUUGUCUUCUUCACAGCCGACAACGGACCUGAGCUGAUGCGCAGAGCCCGUGGAGGCAGCGCCGGCCUCCUGAAAUGCGGUAAAGGUACUACGUAUGAAGGGGGCAUGAGAGAACCAGCCAUUGCGUACUGGCAAGGAACCAUCAAACCAGGUGUGACUCACGAGAUGGCCAGCACUCUGGACGUUCUUCCCACAUUUGCAGCUCUGGCCGGAGCCAAGCUUCCACCUGUGCUGCUGGAUGGUGUCGAUAUGAUGGACAUCCUGUUCAACCAAGGAAAGAGUAAAAGGGAGGCGAUGAUGUUCUACCCAAUAGAUCCCACUGAGAAGUAUGGACUCUUUGCUAUCCGCUUGGGAAAAUACAAGGCUCACUUUUACACACAAGGUGCUGCUCACAGCAGCUCCACCCCAGACCCAGACUGCCCAGGGACUGCCUCCUUCAAGCCUCACGACCCCCCUCUUAUUUUCGACUUGGAGGAUGACCCCUCGGAGAAUUACCCACUCUCGCUGAAGGACCAGCCGCAUGUCCAAGCCGUGCUGGAGGAGAUCUUGAAAGUGAAGGCAGACUUUGAAGCCACCAUGGUGUUCGGUGAGAGCCAGGUAUCGAAGGGAACGGAUCCGGCUCUGGAGCCGUGCUGCAACCCCGAGUGCAGCCCCAAACCCAGCUGCUGCCACUGCUGAAGGGACAGACGGUGAAUCUCCGAAUGUGCUGCUGAACUCACCUUUUAAAGUCCCACUCCAGCCAUAAUUUUUUAUAUCCUAAAAUGAUUUUUUAAAUUAUGAUUAUGAAGUUUAUAGCCAAAAAUCAAAAAGAAUUUGCUGUUUUUUAAGACACAUUUUAUCCACAGUAGCUCAUUGGAAAUACAAUUCUGGAUUGUUUGCACAGUGCAAACUGUGUUAUUAAGUCUGAGCAUUUUCAAGCACCCGGUUUUCUGAUUCAACACAAUUUGAAAUGAGAAAUACUCAGAAAUGCAGUUUUAAUUCUUUUAUAUAGGUCCUCUACUAUUAAAAAAAUACUACAAAAACAAGUUAAAACACAAAAAAGACUAUUUUCAUUGGAGUGGGUCUUUAAAUGUCCUAAUAAGGUAAAGCAAUGGUGAAAUCACUUGCUUCUGAACAAUUGAUUUUUCUUUUGCGCUGAAAAAAAAAUAACAGACAAUCACUUUUUUCUGCAAGGAUGUUCUCCUAAUGUUGAUUGCACUUUUUUUACUCCAAAUGUACUGUACCUUUUCUAACUUUUUACUACUUGAAAACAAUUAUCUAAACUUGUACUGUGACUUGCACUCGAAAAAGAAAAUAAGAAAUAAUGCAUUAAUGUUUACAAAUGAUUUAACAAGCAGAACAAUAAAGACGACAACAAAUGUUUCGGACA